CGCACACUGUCGCUCGUUUGAUGACGUUUUGCCUGCAGAACGUAACUUUUACGAAAAGGUACACAACAGAAACAGUGGACGGGCUUUUGCUUUUCAUUGUAGUUAAUAGGACACAUAAACAAUACAAAGAACAUUUUAUUUUAAGCUUUGGGUCGACAACUUAGAUCAAGAUGUCGUACAUGCUACCGCAUCUCCAUAAUGGCUGGCAGGUAGACCAAGCCAUCCUGUCCGAGGAGGACCGGGUCCUGGUGAUCCGCUUCGGACACGACUGGGACCCCACAUGUAUGAAGAUGGACGAGGUUCUCUACAGCAUCGCUGAAAAGGUGAAGAAUUUUGCAGUCAUCUACCUGGUGGACAUCACAGAAGUACCGGACUUCAACAAGAUGUACGAGUUGUACGACCCCUGCACGGUCAUGUUCUUCUUCAGGAACAAGCACAUCAUGAUUGAUUUGGGAACUGGUAACAACAACAAGAUUAACUGGACGAUGGAGGACAAGCAGGAGAUGAUAGACAUUGUGGAGACAGUUUACCGCGGAGCAAGAAAAGGACGAGGUCUGGUGGUGUCUCCAAAGGAUUAUUCUACAAAAUACAGAUAUUGAUUUUUUUUCUCCCCCUCCCUCCAACCUUUUUUUCAUCUUUUUUCCUCUUGAAAUUUUGUGACAUGACACAGAGACUACAAGUUACAGGAGUCAAGAAAUAUCUUUUUCAACAUUUUUUGUUGUUUUUGAGAAACAGGACAAUAUUCGUAUGAAUGGUCAUGACUGUGUUGCUGUUUUUUGUGUAGAUUGACAUGUUAUUCAGUUUCCUUGACACCAAGUUUGUCUUUUAAAAGCCUAAUUUCUGGUUUAAAAAAAAACAAAAAAGGUGCUUAAGAAACCAGACAGUGUAAAAUGCCACAUUUGUUGUAAUAAAAGUGGAUGAAUAUUUACAUUUUAAAAAA